CAUAGUUGAAUUUAUAAAAUGACCAGCUAGUGUGUGCGUCCCAUGCGAUUCUAGGUAUUUUACCUAGCAAAGUUCAACACGUCUACACACUAACCAAACACACAACUGUGUCCGACACACAAAAUAAACAGACGAUGUAAUGAGAGCUCACGCCACGGGGAAAGCGAUGGCUGGACCGAGGCCUGUGGUGAUGAGUGGACCGUCCGGGGCUGGAAAAAGCACACUGUUGAAGAAACUGCUCAAGGAGUUUGACGGUGCAUUUGGAUUCAGCGUCUCCCAUACAACGCGAAGCCCACGUCCAGGAGAGGAGAAUGGCAAAGAUUAUCAUUUUGUUAGCAGGGAUGUCAUGCAGACGAGUGUAGCAAAUGGUGAAUUCAUUGAAAGUGCAGAGUUUUCAGGGAACAUGUACGGGACAAGUAAAGCAGCUGUACAGGCAGUUCAGGCACAAAAUCUGAUUUGCAUUUUGGACAUCGACAUGCAGGGAGUGAAGAACAUCAAGAAGACCGAUCUCAACCCCAUCUAUGUGUCCGUCCAGGCCCCGUCAAUGGACAUCCUGGAAAAGCGAUUGCGGGAUAGAAAGACUGAAUCGGAGGAAAGUCUACAAAAACGUUUACAUGCUGCUAAAGUUGACGUGGAAAUAAGUAAAGAGCCUGGUUUAUUCGAUGUGGUCAUUAUCAAUGAUGAUCUUGAAGCAGCGUAUGGAAAAUUAAAAGAAGUUCUUCUUAAGGAGAUCCAAUUGGUCAGAGAUGCCAACAAAUCCAGUUAACCACGGAAACCUCUCCGUUCACUUCCAGCGAUCUCAAAUCUGAACAUUCCACCCAGGAAAGACUUUAUUCUCCAACCGCUGAAUGUCUCACACACACACACAUACACACUCAACCUAAAGGUGCAGGAGAACAUUAUAUAUUCCAUGCGGAGGGUAGUUUUCUGACCACAUAUGUUUGUUACUUGAUUCCUCAGUUGAAGGUCAAAAAACGUAGAUUUAACCAAGAAACACUCUAUAAAGUCCUCAGCUUUGGCUUUUGUUUUAUAAUGAAGAUGCUGGAUUUGAUAUAUCUGACUGGCAUGUUUACUAAUGAGCUUCUCCAAUGCUUUCAGUCCUGCUUUCAUUCAUAUAACUGCUUUUUUAAAGUUAAUAACAUGAUGGUAAUGGUUGUGUUUGGUCUGCUGGUGUCUUGAAUUACAGAAGUAGCCUCGCAUACAGUUGAAGUCAGAAUUAUCAGCCCUCCUGAAUAUUGUUUUACUCAAUUUCUGUUUAACAGAAAGAUUUUUUUCUGAACAUAAUAGUUUUAAUAACUCAUUUCUAAUCACUGAUUUCUAUUAUCUUUGCUAUGAUGACAGCACAUAAUAUUUUCACUAAUAUUCAGCUUAAAGUGACAUUUAAAGGCUUAACAAGGUUAAUAUCGGGUAAUUGGGCAGGUCAUUCUGUAGACCAGGGCUCACCAAACUUGUUCCUGGAGGGCCGGUGCCCUACAGAUUUUAGCUCCAACUCUAAUCAAACACACCUGAACAAGCUAAUCAAGGUCUUACUAGGUAUACUUGAAACAUCCAGGCAGGCGUGUUAAGGCAAGUUGGAGCUAAACUCUGGAGGGACACCGGCCCUCCAGGACCGAGAUUGGCGACCCCUGCUGUAGACAAUCGAAAAAAAUAUUGCUUAAGGGGGCUAAUAAUAUUGACCAUAAAAUACUUUUAUUCUAGCCGAAAUAAAACAAAUAAGACUUUCUCCGGAAGAAAAAAUAUUCUCGGAAAUACUGUGAAAAAAUCAUCAUUUGGGAAAUAUUUGAAAAACUUCACAGGAGGGCGAAUAAUUCUGACUUCAACUGUACACAUAACAUCCCUAUUGAUCAUAUUUAAGUGAAGCUUUGUAUAUUUGUACAAAAUGUCACGUUUACCGGCGUUAAAUGAGUUUAAAGCCUAAACAGGACAGGUUUUUUAACGCAAGGCAGCUUUUAAACACAGCCACAAGGGACACUUUUAGUCUUACAAUACAGAUUUAAAGCAGUUUUAAUGUGCAUCUUCAAACUGAAUGAGCAUAAAAUAAUUCAAAAUCAUUUUAUACAAUACAAAAUAUUAGUUUUCUUGUUAAUUUGAGACCUUUAUGCUAAUUAGCAGGUAUAACGUUUGAUUUCACAUACACAAAAUAUUAGUUUCUCUAAUAUCAUGAGCAAAAAUCCGUCAGAGUUUACAUGUUACUCAUUGUCUAGUGUGAAAAUGAUAUUAAUUUUAAUUAUGCUAAACAAAAAGGCACAAUUUUAACCAAAUAUCCAGACACCAGCUGUUCUAGAAAUGUAUAAUGACCUUGUGUAUAGUUUGUGUUGUGUAAUAACUAGCGCUGAGCUCAGAUUAAUCAUGAUUAAGCGCAUCCAAAAUCAAAGUUUGCCUUAAUAUAAUGUGUGUGUGUGUGUGAUGUGUAUAUUUAUUAUGUAUAUAUAAAUACACACACAUGCAUAUCACUGAGAAAAGGCUUAUAUUUCGAAAUAAAAUACAUAUGUGAGAUGAAUUAUAUAUACACAAUCAUAUACAUUUUGCAUACAUCUAUGCAAAACAGGUUUGUAUAGUUGUGUUUUGUAUUACAUAUACUUAAUAAUUAUAAUACAUACACAAAUGAUUUCACGGCUGUCUGGAUUACUGUAUUCUGAUUGGACAUUCCAUAUGUCAUUCCAGGAUAACAACCACUAAAUAACGCAGGGCUCAUCCGGGAACUUCUAAUCACCUCGAGCGUCACUGAAUACAAAUCCAUAUGCUAAUGCAUGCUAACGGUCUAAUCCGAUUCAAUGAUCUAUGCUAAGCUAAGCUAAAAGGACGCACAUACAUAUGUUGUGUCAAAAUGAACAUUUAUUUUGGAUGCAUUUAAUCAUGAUUAAUCUUUACCCAGCGCUUGAAAUAACUAAUAACUUUUCCUUUUUACAAACCAACUUUAUUUAUAUUAUUAUUAUUAUUAUUAAUUUUAGCAUUAGAGUCUAGGCUUUUUGUGGGGUUUUAGGGAAUCUUCCAAACCCGAAUCAUUCCUCGCUGCAUCUUAAACUCUUCUUUGAAAAAGCAUCUCAAGCAUUUGCAUUUUGCAUCAAACCUGUUAAGAUAUAUUCAGUGUCUAAGAACAAUGUGUGGAAUAAACGCCACUGUUUUAUUCUGACAAACGUGCAGUGCAAGUGGAAUAAAACUACACAUUAUUACUGUU